GCCUGUGGGUGAAACAGCUCCACCUGCCGACUGACCGCUGCUACUACAGGCCUCUGAAUUCGCUUCACAACAACACAAACGCCAUCUUUAGCAGAUCCUCAAAGUACCGAGGCAGAGUUGUGGAGCCAAAUUAGGUCAGGCGCCUGGAAAGCCCAGACACUUUAGGAAAUUUCUCUUCGAAAGCUUCCUAGCGGUGUUUGCCGUCCUCCCGUCCCACCGCACCGCCGUAUGGUCCAAUGUGUUUGAUCGGUCGGUCAGCUCGAACGCAGUUUUCUUGUGUCGGUCCCGGUUGACGUUGAGUGAACGCCUCAAAACAAACAGCAAACGGCGGCAGUGAAAGCCAGGAUGAAAAGAGGCCUUGAAGGGAAUGAGCAGGAGGAUGGAGGCGGCCCAAGCCGUGGUUGUCAGAAGACUCUUAAACGAUCCCACAAGCAGAGGAAGGUGGAAAACGAGGGAGCCCUAUGGGAAAAUCUGCCACCGGAGAUCCUGCUUCACAUUUUUCAGUACCUGCCUCUGCUGGACAGGGCAUACGCUUCUCAGGACCUCCUGCUGUUGUCGCUGCAGGUUUGCCGGGGAUGGAACGAGGUCUUCCAUAUGCCCGAGCUGUGGCGCUGCUUUGAGUUCGAGCUGAACCAGCCGGCAAGCUCCUACCUGAAAGCCACGCACCCGGACCUAAUCAAACAGAUUAUAAAAAGGCACUCCAACCACCUACAAUACGUCAGCUUCAAGGUGGACAGCAGCAGGGAGUCUGCAGAGGCAGCGUGCGACAUCCUCUCUCAGCUUGUGAAUUGUUCUUUGAAAACUCUGGGUCUCAUCUCCACAGCCAAGCCCAGCUUCAUGGAGAUGCCCAAGUCUCACUUCAUCUCAGCCCUGACGGUGGUUUUUGUCAACUCCAAAUCUUUGUCCUCCCUGAAAAUUGAUGACACGCCUGUUGACGACCCUUCUCUCAAAGUCCUGGUGGCAAACAACAGCGACACGCUCAAACUGCUGAAAAUGAGCAGCUGCCCUCAUGUUUCGCCCGCAGGCAUCAUGUGUGUGGCUGAUCAGUGCCACGGCCUGAGAGAGCUGGCACUCAACUACCAUUUGCUGAGCGACGAGCUCCUCCUGGCGCUCUCCUCCGAGAAGCACGUUCACCUCGAGCACCUCCGCAUCGACGUGGUCAGCGACAACCCGGGCCAGCAGUUCCACACCAUCAAGAAGAGCAGCUGGGACGCCAUGGUACGCCACUCUCCCAAAUUCAACCUGGUCAUGUACUUCUUCCUCUACGAGGAGGAGUUCGGCCCCUUCUUCCGCGACGAGAUCCCCGUCACGCACCUGUACUUCGGCCGCUCCGUCAGCAAGGAGGUGCUGGGCCGCGUGGGGCUCACCUGCCCGCGCCUGGUGGAGCUGGUGGUGUGCGCCAACGGCCUGCGCCCGCUGGACGAGGAGCUGAUCCGCAUCGCCCAGCGCUGCACGCAGCUGUCGGCCAUCGGCCUGGGCGAGUGCGAGGUGUCCUGCAGCGCCUUCGUGGAGUUCGUCAGGAUGUGCGGCGACCGGCUGGCGCAGCUCUCCAUCAUGGAGGAGGUGCUGGUUCCAGAUCACCGCUAUCAGCUGGACGACAUCCACUGGGAGGUGUCCAAGCACUUGGGCCGCGUCUGGUUCCCAGACAUGAUGCCCACCUGGUAGAAACCUACGGGCUCGCAUAGGCGCGCGCGAGGCAGGCCCGUUUUACAGACACACCACAGAGCACCUGAAAAAAGGAGGAAACGUCAUGCGUUUGAGUUGUGUCCCUUUUUUUAGAUCAUGUAGUAUUCGUUUUAACUCCACAUUUCUGUUCGAGUUUCAUUCUAGAAUACAUUCAUGACGCAUCUAUGAAACUAAUCAUCUGGUGUUUUUAUGUACCACUUCUGUGCUUUUGAUGAGCGCGCAGAUCAACAUAUUUAGUACAUAUAUGGAUAGAGUAAACAUUAUGCCUUAUCAUAACUUUUCUUAGUUACACGCUUUUUGAUUUAAAAACAAUAAAACCUUACAGAAAUAACUCAUGGGAAAACUGCCUUCAUGGCACUUUUUUCUGGUUUAUGUUAGUUUACAGCUAAUGUAGGAAAUGUGUCGGACGGAGAUGAUCACCAUAAUAAGCUAAUGUUUGUCGACGUUUGAAAUUUCAACUUGCGUGAACGUUUUUGUCUAAUUUUUUUCAUACUAUUUGAAGGGACUGCCUCUUUUGUCUGAAUGGCGACCAGAAGAUUUCGGUCAGGGAGGCAGGCAGGGGCACACAGACUCUUUGUUUAAUCUCAGCUUGGUCUCUGUGUGUCAGCGGCUCCUGCAGCCCCUCAGUGUAGCACUUAUUUAUGUUUUUGAAUGUCUGUCCGAGUCCCUGUGGCUCACAUCGAAAAGAAAACAUGUCUCCUUCUCUGUCUUUGGUUUGAUGUAAACUAAGCUGUUGUCAGUUCCUAAGAGUAGCCAUUUCAUAAGGGCAAUAUUAUCUAAAGAAUUUGCUAUUUUGAUAAUCUAACUCUACAAACGCUGUGUAAAUAUCAUAUACAUCAUAUAUACCAGAUAUAUUUGAAGAUAUUUUGGGUUGCAAUUGGCAGUAGCUCUAUGUCUGAAUUUCCUUGGCAGAGUUUAUAUUUAAAAAGAAAUGGGAAGGAUAUAUUCCAUUUAAUAUAUUGUUUAUGCAUGUAAUGGAUGCUUUGGAUGCACUUUUUCCUCUAAUGAAGAUUGCUGAAGCAAUAUGAGCUUCAGUGCCAUUAGGACAUGAAAUGAAUUGUUUUUCCUGCCAAAGAUGAUGGUUUUGAGCAUUGGCCUGACACUCUUUUGGAAGCUAAUCAACCUGAUAAGUACUAUUUUCAACUUUAAUGCUCUAGAUUUAUAUACUCAGAGGUAGAAUAGUUUAAUUUUUUAAAAAAUCUUUCUGACAGUGCAGUGCGACUCUUAUGUUUUCUAAAAGAAAUAUUGAUGUAAACAGAUUCUGUGUUAGGGCUGAGCCUUUGAAUUGUUGAAAUUAAUAGUUUUUCCAGCCAAGGGAUGCUUCUAAAAAAUAUUGAGGCAUACAGAUUUUGUGAUUGGGCUGAGCCUUUAUAAGAACAAAUGUAUACAAUUUAGGGUUCUUAAAAAAACUGAAACUGAAACUGAACGUUUUCCUGAAUGCACAGGCAUGAGAUAUAUCUGUCUUAGUAUCGAUCCGUUACAGUGUAGUGAAACAGUAAUUAAGGGGUGGAAUUAGCAAGGAUGUUGUUGCUGGUGGGCUUGUUGAAAGAUGAAAGCUUUUGCGCUGUGGGGUUGUGCAAUGAAACUUUUAAAUCAUCUCAUUCUCUUUGAAAGCAGAUAUCUGGUUAACACUGUUGGUGUUUUUCCCUUUUCAGUAGUCACAUUAAUAUCCCGCUACAACAUAAAAGAGCUAGCGAGUCUUAAUUAGGAUGUUUUACCUGUCAGAGGACAUCGAUCACCGUCACAUGGUUAAUUUUACUUUGCAUUUACAAAAAUCGGCAGGUGUGCUAUUAUUUUCUACUUGUAUUAAGUGCUAAACGGUGCAUGAAGAUGAUUAUUAUAAUCUUAGAGGACAGGCUUACUGACAGCAGCGUAGUCCUCAGAGAGAUUACAGUACGCUUGGUGUCUUUAUUUCAGCUGAAUGAUGACACUUUGUACAGAAAAGACUCGUAGAAGGUAGCUUGUAUUUUUCCCAAAGAUCUGUAUUAUUUCAGUUCAGUGUAUAUCCGCAUUAAAAAGAAUGAAA